AUGCUGGUGAUGGCAGGAGAGGAGGUAGCGGUAGCGAAGAAGAGAAUAGAGGGACGGAGGCAGAAGCAGGGAUCGAAGGAUGGAGCUAGAUGGGCGUCGUCGAAGCGGCGCCAUGAAGGCAAGGCGGAGGAUGGAGCAGAUGGCGAGAAAAGACUAGAGGUAGUAGAGGCGGAGGAUGGAGCAGAUGGCGGGAAAAGACUGAAGGUAGAAGCGGCGGAAGAUGGAGCAGACGUAGAGAAAAGACUGGAGGUAGAAAAGGCUGAGGAUGCGGCCGAUGAGGAGCCAAAGGUUGAGAGGCCGAAGAGAGAUGGGGAGGAACCGGCGGAGGAAGAAGCGCCUAGGGAGAAACCAGUGGCGGAAGAUGAGGCGGCGCCAGCGGCGGUGGGAGCGAAGGAGAAGGGGGAGGCGGAGGAGAGGGAGAAAGAGGAGGAAGCGGAAGAGACUGAGGGUGCGUCCAAGCAUAGAUCCGAGGCGGAGGUGAAGAGCGAGCAAGCGAUCGAGGUUAUCAGAGGAGCAGCGGAGGUGAUCGUGUGCGAGCAAAGGGAGAACAUCCGUAGGUUGGGAUUUGGCUCGUGA